AAAAAAAAGAGUUUAUUAUUUUAUUUCUUUUUUUGAAUUAUACAUGACAUAGGACAGGGAUGGAGGGGUGUGCAAAUAGUGCAACAAGCAAACAAAUUGUGCAAAGGUACCCAUCGAAUCAUCUCAAUUCUUCUUCCUAGACUCUUCUUCAUCUUCCCAAUUCCAUCAGCUAUGUUAAACUUCACCGAUUAAAUCCCCAAAUUUGAGCAUCGAAAAUGGAGAAGACCAGCGGUUUACGUACCCGUUCACAAGCGGCACCCGACUGGACACUACACGAAUCUCUGACCCUAGUUAACGAAAUGAGAUCAACUCAAAUCGAAUGCGGCAACACACUCGCUUCCUUCCAAAAAUGGCAGUCAACAGUGCAGAGUUGCAAUUCACAGGGAGUCAAUCGAAGUUUGAAUCAGUGCAAAAAGAGGUGGGAAUCCAUGUUGGAACAGUAUAAUAAAGUGAAGCCAUGGGAAAUGGCGUAUUGGUCGGAUUUUGAUGAGGAGAGGAAGAGGGAGUUGGAACUACCGGAGGAGUUUGAUUGCGAGUUGUUUAAGGGGAUUGAGAGCUAUUUGAGUUGUUUAGAAGGGGAGGAUGGUGCUGGUGCUGAUACUGAUCCGGAUACUGACCCGGAAGCACAGCAGGUUCCAGGGAAUAAUGCUUUCUUUGAAAUUGGUCCUAAAAGGCGGCGGCGAAGGACGAAGACAAAAAGGUACAAAAUGGAGGAAAGGUUGAAUCCAUGGAGACACAUCUUAAAUGAAAACAGGAAGUAUGAGCAAUCCAAGAUGGGGAUAAAGCAUGAAGGUAGCAUAGAUACAAAUUUGGAAGCCCCAAGGCAUGAGACUUCAAGAUUAGAAAUGAAGCGCGAGACAUCCAGUUUGGAGGAAAAGGCUGAACUUCCAAACCUUAGCAUGGUUAGUGAGGUAAAGGUUGAGCAGACUAAUAUAGAUAAUCCAGAAGAAAUGAUGGCUGCAACUCUUAGAGAAAAUGCAGAAAUGAUCACUGCAAUAAUUGAAGGAAAUCCAAUGGAUGAUAGAGAUUGCAGGCCUGCUGAUUUUAAGAAUUUUGAGGAUGGCCGUGUUCGUUUAAUCAGAAGUCAAGGCAACCAACUUAUUGAUUGCCUCGGAAAAAUUUCAGAUACCCUUAGCCAGUUUUAUGAUGCAAUUCACAAAAAAUAACAUAACUUUCACAGUUCCGUAUUUUCAGUCAUGGCAUGCUUUGUAAUGUGAUGACUAGUAAUCACAUGCUUUUACUUAUAUCUUUGUCAAUGUAAUGAUGAGGUAACCAGAAUUGUCGAGGAUCACAGGAGAAAUGGUUAAUUCCGUUCUAGGAUACAAAAAAUGCAAGGUGUUCUUUUAUUUCAUUA